CCCAUCUUUGUAACGACAGAUAUUCAACAGUAUAGACGAGGCUCCUAUUUGAUAUUGAUACGGCUCGGAAGCACCAACAGCGGUGGAACCCGAUAUGAACAAAACACCUCCCGCCGGCAAGCCUCGGAGGCCACAUAACAAAAGCCGCACCGGGUAAGAAAUAUUCGGUUCUGAUGUCCCUAGAUUUAGGUGAGAAGUUACAAGAAAUAUUGUGAGGGCUAAUCUAGUCGUUCUUGGUAUAGAUGCACGCAAUGCAAAGCAAAGAAAGUCAAGGUGCGUAGACAGAAACAGUAUCAUUCCCUUGAUCACUUUCUAUUCCUUCGUGGAGGAUAGACAGCUCAAUCUCAUAUGCUUUACGACGACUGCUUACGGGCGCUUCGUAUUGGAUUUGAGGAAAAGCAAUGCCACACUAAAGGAUUCAGAGACCUGAUGCAAGUCAUGUGACCAGCCUCGGUGACUGUGUCCUCGAAACUCCGCCUGGAAACAUAUAUUUAUCCUUCGCUAAACAAGAUUUGUUGAGUACGAAAAAGUACAGAAAUAAAUACUAAUAAGAAUAUAGUGCGAUGAGAAUAAACCAAUUUGCCACAAGUGUGAGAGCUAUCGAACGCCAUGUUCGUUCCUUCAGACCCAUCCGCAACUUCGAGGACGACCACAAGCACUUCUUCCUUCCAAUACUCAAUCUCGAGUAGCCUUGGAAAAGUCUCCAGAUUCAAGACAAGACUCGACUCCAAAUACACCCAUAUCGACUUCAUCACAACCCGCUCCAGCCACUUUUACGAUGCUUGACUUGGAGUUGUUGCAUUCCUAUGUUACAGCUGGAAUCCAAACAUUUGCUGCAUUUCCCGAGAUUCAUGAAUUGUACAGGAAGAUCGUGAGUGCCCAAUCAACCUCUUUGUCUAGGUUUCUCAUGGGGCAGCUCCUAGAGAAGGAAUUUUUCACACCUUCCUGCAUGUGCACUUGACUCGCAUUACACCCGUCUCAACAUAUGAAAAGAAAAGAGCGUACUAACUAGAAUUCCGCAGAUCAUGGAAUUUGCCUUCAAGAACGACUUCGUCAUGUAUAGAGUUCUGGCACUUUCUGCGCUCCACAUGGCGUACAUCCAUCCCGAAGAGGCUUCUAAGUACCGCUUCGCAGCUGAUAGCCAUUCCGCAACCGGGCUCUCUCUAUUCCUACGCGAAAUUAGCAACCUGAACCCCUCAAAUUGUGAAGCGUGCUUUCUCUUCUCCACAAUGACAUUCCUUCAUGCCUGGGCGAUGCAAGAUAUCUCCAAACCUUCGACAAUGUUUUUCCUUCCCACGCGAUGGCGCGACGAAUGGGAAACGCCCAUCCGAUGGAUUCAACUAGAUCGUGGGAGUCGAGCAAUCAUCUUCACGACCUGGGUAGAUCUUUCUACAGGAGCUCUAGCACCUAUCUUUGGACCGUGGGGGAAGAUUGGGGAAGACUUGUACAAGCAAAUCAAGGAUGACCGUCUAUUAGCUGACGACAAGAAGGCGUUGAAUCAUCUGGCACACGCGUGGGAUAACGAUUCCAACUCGGAAGAAAUCAAGGCUAUACUUUCCGAAACACUGACCACGUUGAAGGGAACCUUUAAUAUGCUCCAAUCUGAAACUCCCAAUGUCAGCAACCUGGCCAUCGUUAUGGCAUGGUUCUCAUAUCUCUCGGAUGACUUUCUCAAAUUGGUGGAGGACAAAAUUCCAGAGGCGCUUCUGCUGGUGGCAUAUUUCUGUGUGACGCUGAUACGAUUACCCUCGAUGUGGUGGAACGACGGACGGCCGGAGAACUUUUUAGAAACCAUCUUGGAUGAGCUGGGAGAUCGAUGGGAGGAAUUUACCAGAUGGCCGAUUGAGCAGGUGUUGGGGAAUAAAAAACGCAGCCCGAUAACCCAAGAUGUUGUUACGGCGUAACAAAAGCGAUCACCUUUCUGCAGAAAUGGAACACUUUGCAUGACGCAAAACUUGCUCGUUGUCACUUGCUGUGAUUCUCGUCAGGGAGACCGUCCCAAUUGAGUACGCGUGGC